CAUUUUGUUGCCUUGACAAACGCUGCAAAGAAACACACGAAGACGAUUUGUAUUAUAAAUUCGCUUGAACAUUGCGUUCAAAAGGUCUAAACAGUCUGGUUUUUGUAAUUUAGCAGCACUCAUAUUAUCAAGAAGCCUACAGCAAUAAUUUUCAUUUCAAUAAUCAAGUAUUUUCGAUAAAAUGUCUUCCUAUAGACGAGUAAAUCUUGGCCAUGCUCAGCAACAGAGAAUGCUUACUGAAAACAGACGAAAAGAAAAUCAAAGAGAAGAUCAACUCAAACGAAUAACACARGAGAAAAUCCUGGAAGCAAAUUUAGCCAGCGAAGAAAAGAUUGAGAAUCGUAGAUUUUUGAGAAAACUUCAACAAGAAGAACAAGAACGACAAAUCAAUGAGGCCAUUAUUAAGAAUGAAGAAAGGCAAAGGUUAAAGGAACAACAACAAGAACAGGAACUACGCCUGGCAAGAGAAUUAGAAAAUAUAAAACUUGAAGCUCAAAGAGAUGAAAAACUUAGGCAACAUAUAAGAGAGAAUAGCAUUGAAAUCCAAGAAUUACAAGCAAAACUCAAGGCUGGUUACAUGAAUAGAGAAAGAGCAGCUCAGUUAUCUGAACGACAAGUCAUGGAGCUUGAAAAACAGAAAAAAGAAGAUGAAAUUAAUCGCAAAAUGGAGGAAGAAUACAAACGCGCCCUUGUUGUCGAAAGAGAGAAAGAAAAACAAAGAUGGGAAGAAAGUGUUCGCUAUCAGAGUGAACUUGAAAAGCAAUUAAUGGAGAAAGAAAAACGAAAACAAGAAGCUUAUGAGGAGUUCCUUAAAGARAAACUUAUGAUUGAUGAGAUUGUAAGGAAGAUUUAUGAGGAAGAUCAAAGGGAAAUCUCCAACCGUCUUGAAAAACAAAGAGCUACUCAGCGUUAUAUUGAAGAAUUUAAAACCAAGAGAGAGGAGUGGAAACAACGUGAAAAAGAACUUAUGGAGGAAGAAAAUCAUCGYAUCCUUGAGUUUGCACGGCUUCAACAGCAAAGAGAAGAAGAGAGAAUGGAAAAACAGAAACAACAAGAAGAAGAAAUGGCUACAGUACAAAAGAAUCUUGCKGACAAGAUUAAAAGUGAGCAAGAAGAGAGAGAUGAACUAGAACGUAUUCGCCUUGAGUUGCAUAUGGAAGAACAAGAAGAAAUGGAAAGACAGAAAGAAAUGAUGGACAUYGAAAACAAAAUWCGCCAACGACUUGACCUGCAAGAAACAAGRMGACAGCAGUUAGAAUUCAAGGAGCAAAAGCUUCAAGCAGAGAAAGAWGAGGAGGAGGAAUUCAGACGAAAGAUGUUGGAGAAGUUUGCUGAAGAUGAUCGUAUUGAACAAAUGAAUGCCCAAAAGAGACGAAUGAGACAACUUGAACACAAACGAGCCGUUGAGCGUCUAAUUGAAGAAAGAAGACAGCAGAACCAGAGAGACAGGGAAGCUGAACUGCAAGCUCGUCAAGAAGAAGAAAGAAUGGAAGCAUUCCGCAAACAAAUUAUUGAACAAGAAAGACAAAGACUGCUCCGAGAACACGCCUCAAAGCUACUUGGUUAUCUACCAAAGGGUGUGUUACGAGAUGAAGGGGAUCUGGAUCUUUUCGAUGACGAUUUCCGUACAGCCUACAAAUCUCGUCAUGUCAAUCUAUUUGACGAAUUGACAUCAGAAUCUAGCGGUCAAUGAUCGCCUGUAAAUAAAACCGUAGUAUUGGUAAUAUUUGUAGGAUAGCGUUGAAGGUUUUGUAAAAUAAUGAUAAAAUAGUACAAUUAUAUUCCGUACGUCAUUGAUGGGUUAAUGAAAUAAAAACAAAUGUACAGAAUAA